GCGCGCACGCAAUUGAGGGCUAGCGUGCUAUGUUAUGUUCUUCACCCUUUUGAUUUUCACCGGCCUCAAGUAGUGAAUAAGCUUACAAAAUUCAUCUGCUUAGAAAUUUGGAUUUAACAAUUUGAUUCUCUCAUCUGAUCCAAACACACUUUGAAAGGAAAAUCGGAGGCUAAUUUUUCAUGGAAGGAGUUGGGGGCGGCGAUGCUGGCUCGGCGGUGGCGCCGUUGGCGAAGUGGAGGGACGAAUUUUCAAGGGCAUUUCAGUACUACUUGGACCGGUCGACCCCGAAUCCGGUUCACAGAUGGCUGGGGACUCUUGCCGUGGUGGCGGUUUAUGUGCUCCGAGUUUACUAUGUUCAAGGGUUCUACAUUGUGUCAUACGGCCUGGGAAUUUAUAUCUUGAAUCUGUUGAUUGGGUUUCUGUCACCAAAGGUUGAUCCGGAGCUCGAAGCGUUGGACGGGGCUUCGCUGCCAACCCGAGGUUCGGAUGAGUUUAAGCCGUUCAUUCGCCGCCUUCCCGAGUUCAAGUUCUGGUAUUCCAUUACAAAGGCUUUCUGUGUCGCUUUUCUGAUGACCUUCUUCUCCCUGUUGGAUGUCCCCGUUUUCUGGCCCAUUCUCCUAUUUUAUUGGGUCGUUCUUUUUACUCUUACAAUGAAGCGCCAGAUAAUGCACAUGAUUAAGUACAAAUAUAUACCGUUCAGCAUCGGAAAGCAGAGGUAUACAGGGAAGAGAUCUGAUGCAGCGAACUCAGACUGAAGCUUUGGUCGAAUCAGCGUUUAGGAAAAGUGAACGAAAGAAGUGCAGUGUUUGAAUGUUUUUAUUUUUUCUGAAAACUUUACUUGUUAAUACUCGCAAAAUUCAUAGAUAUGUUUGAAUUUUUCUCACUAUUAGGAUAAUUUGCUUACUAUUAGGACUUAAUGAGGGGUGAAAACUUGCAUAAAUUGAUAAUUCUCACUUGUCAUUAACCUGUAUGAUAUUUACCUGUA